AUGUCCCUGAGGCGCACUUGCCGAGAGCUCGUUCUCGAGGUCGUUCUUCGCCGAGCACUGAAAGCAGGCGGAGAUGGCUUAGACCGGCUCCAGAUGGUGGUGGAUGCUGCAUCGCUUCGAGUGCUCAACUCGUUCCUGCGAAUGGGCGAUUUGCACUCCGAGGGUGUCACCAGCGUCGAGCUGCUGGAGGAGUCCAGAGAGCCUCUGCCUGGGCUGGAUGCGCUGUAUUUCCUGAGGCCGCAGGCUGCAAGCAUCGAGCGGGUUCUAGCGGAUUUCAAGACAGCUCCGCAGCACCGACAGGUGCACCUUUGCUUCUCACAGCCGCUGGAAUCCACGCUCCUCUCCAAGCUCGUUGAGGCCCCCGUGCUGGCGCCGCGCGUGAAAUCUUUUGUGGAAGUGCCCCUGAGCUUCGUGGUUGUACAGGAUCGAGGCUUCCACUUCGACUCCCCCGAGGCGAUCAUGGGGCUUUUUCCGGAGCCUGAUGUGCAGCUGUUGUCAGACACGGUCCAGAAGCUGGUGGACGUGUGCCGAUGCUUGCAGGCCACAUCGCCAGUGAUCCGGUUUCAAUCUGACUUAUGCCAGGACGUGGCAGAAAGAGUUCAGCGCGAACUCAGCAUGCACAAAAGCUUGACUACUCAGUCUCACAGCAAACCCUGCCAACUGCUUAUUCUUGACCGCUCGAUUGACAUGGCGGCGGCGUUCGUUCACGAAUACUCUUAUGAGGCCUGCGUCUUUGAUCUGCUCGACGGCAACAUGCUGGAUGCAGAUCGGAACAUUGUGACUCUGAACAGCGGAGGACACAGUAAGGAGGUGCUGUUGGCGGACCCCUUAUGGGAGGAGCUGAAGUAUAUGCACCUGGAGGCAGCGAGAGAGCUCGUCGAGGUCAAGGUGGAUGAAGUCAAGCGCCAGAAUGUGCAGCAGGACGCAACGGCGAUCAGCACCCGGGCAAUGCUGGAUCAACUGCGUGCAGCGCCUGAGAUGCGUGAUGCGGUCGACCGCAUGGCACUUCAUUUGGCGAUGAUCACGCAGAUCCACAGCCGCCUCAACUCGGAACAGAUCCUGGAGCCCCUUCACCUGGGUCUGCUGGAGCAGGACAUUGCCUGUGGAAUCGAUCGUUCUGGCAAGGAUGUGAAGAUCACAAAUCUCCAGACAACCUUGCAGAGGAUUCUCACCGACCGUCCGGAGCUAUCGAGCGAGGUGAAGCUUCGCUUGCUGAUGCUUUUCUUCGCCUGUGUGGCCAACGUGCCCGAGGCAAGCCGAUCAAAGCUGCUGGACGUGGCACAGUUGGGAGCAGACGACCAACAGGCUCUGAUGAACAUGCUGCGCACUCGCCUGAUGGAAGUUCCAGAGUCGCAGAGGCACAAGCAUGCCAGCGGCUGCUCUCACCGAGUUACGAAGCAGCAGGCGGCCAGGUUCAAGAAGAACGCGGUGGCCGAGGGUCGUUUCGAGCUUUCUCGCUUCGAGCCCCGCCUCAAGGAGAUCCUGGAGCAGCUUGUUGAAGAUCGGCUAAGCUUGGAGGAGUUUCCGGUGCUCCAAAGCACGGCGGAUGACUUUGGCCUGCGGGAAGCCGGUGCAGCAACUGCCGAGCCUCUGGGCGCUCCAGUAAUCCAGGCCAAAGAUGACUGGUCCUUCACCAGUGUUUCAGGCGGGCUUGAAAGCGAGCACGCAGAAGUUUCUCAUCGGGUCGUGGUCUUCGUGAUCGGCGGCUUCACGCUGUCGGAGCUAAGAGUCGCGGCGGAGGUGGAGCAGAAGAUGCCGCGGGGCACCGAGGUUAUAGUGGGGGGCACAUCGCUCCUGACGCCGAAGAGACUGCUUCGGACACUGAGGCCGCGGAGCGAUGCAGAGCCAGGCCAGGCUUCGCAGAUGCGGAGCUGCGCUCGUGGCUUCGAAGCUUCCUCGCUUGCAGGUGAGAUAGACUUGACGUGA